AUGAUAUCCUGAGGCCCAGUGAGUGGGAUUGGCUGUCUCUCCCAGAUAAUGGGGAGUCAUUUGCCCUGUCCCCCUUGCUUCUUUUCAUCCUCAAAGGAUCAGAGAAACUGGCAGCUGGAAGGAGGAGGCGGGAAGCCUGUUGAAGAACAUGCUGUCCUUAGGCAUCUAGCUGCUUGGCAGACCAGAGAGAGAGAGAGAGCCAUGCUUUCUGCUGGGAGUGGAGAGAAGCUGUGAACUGUGGAGGGAUGGGAGAUGGCGCAUGUUCAGGAGGGGGGCGUGGAGUUCUUUUAAAGACCUAAGUACAGAGAUGUACACUAGGGCUUAGUGAACACAAGCAGGGCCAGCACCCAAGGGUGAGAGGCUACUGUUAGUAUGGCUCCUACCACGCCCAGCUUCUGUCAGCCCCUCCUCAGGUUGCUUUUGACUCCUAACACCCAAGACUGCUGGGCUGAUCGGUCCCCACUCCACGAGGCUGCGGCCCAAGGGCGCUUACUGGCUCUUAAAACUUUAAUUGCACAAGGCAUCAAUGUGAAUCUGGUAACAAUCAACCGGGUCUCCUCUCUCCACGAGGCAUGCCUUGGGGGUCAUGUGGCCUGUGCUAAGGCCUUACUGGAAAAUGGUGCACAUGUCAACGGACUGACUGUCCAUGGGGCCACUCCCCUCUUCAAUGCUUGCUGCAGUGGCAGUGCUGCCUGUGUCAAUGUACUGUUGGAGUUUGGAGCCAAGGCCCAGCUUGAGGUCUACCUGGCUUCACCUAUCCAUGAAGCAGUGAAGAGAGGUCACAGAGAGUGCAUGGAGAUUCUGCUGGCAAAUAAUGUUAACAUUGAACAAGAGAUUCCUCAGCUGGGAACUCCUCUGUAUGUGGCCUGUACAUACCAGAGAGUUGAUUGUGUGAAGAAGCUUCUAGAACUAGGAGCCAGUGUUGACCACGGUCGGUGGCUGGAUACCCCACUGCAUGCUGCAGCAAGGCAGUCCAGUGUGGAGGUCAUCAAUCUGCUCACUGAGUAUGGGGCUAACCUGAAACUCAGAAACUCGCAGGGCAAAAGUGCUCUUGAGCUCGCUGCUCCCAAAAGUAGUGUGGAGCAGGCACUCCUGCUCCAUGAAGGUCCACCUGCUCUUUCUCAGCUCUGCCGCUUGUGUGUCCGGAAGUGCUUGGGCCGCACAUGUCAUCAAGCCAUCUACGCACUAGGUCUGCCAGAACCCCUGGAAAAAUUCCUCUUAUACCAAUAGUUGGAAACAUGUUGCCUGCUGUAGGACACUUAAUAUACACAUUCAGUGGCUUAACCCACUAUCCUAAAAAUCUGCUUACCUAAUUAGAAUAAAGCCUUCAUAAAUCCAAAUACUUGCGUUGAACAAACUCCUGGUUAGUUUAAUGGUUGCCAAGAGAUAACCAGAAACCUUUCAGUUUUUAACUCUUGUUAAUUUAAAAUCAAACUGAAAUAGAUGGAAAAUAAUAAUCUAUUUUUGGAUAAUUCAGGACCCUCCAGUAUCUGGGGCUGGGGUCCGCAUUUUGAAUACUGAAUAGACACACACACAGGUAGAUAAGGUUAAAUUAAACUACUUAAAGAAUGCCCUGGAUUCAGUCCUCCAGUAUAUUUUUUUAGUUUGUUGUUUUCCUAAAAUAAAUUUCUGUAGUGAUUUUGAUUUCUUUUAAUUUUUAAAAAUAUAUAAGUAACUAAGUAGGGAUGGAGAAAUGGCUGAGGAGUUACGCUCGCUGCUCUUGCUGAAGACUUGGUUUGGUUCCCAGAACUCACAUGGCAGCUCACAACCUUAUGUGAGCCCAGUUUCAGAAGUCCUGAUGCCCUCUUCUGGCUGCUACAGGUACUACAUGCACAUGCUGCAUAGACAUAAAACCACAUGUACACAUAAACAUAAAAAUAAAAAUAAAUGACGCUUUGAAAACUAA